AUGUUUCCCGUGCGGGUAGUUGUAGAGACUGUCCGAGCUCAACACUGUCUUACAUGCGCACACGAUGGUCAUAUUCUUGUUGAAACUUAUGCAAUCGUCAGUGGCUCUACUGUUCUAAAUCAACUUGUCGACACAGUUUUAUCCGCCUUAGGACAUCCACAAUUAGCAGCAAACGCGAGAGGUUAGUUGAUUUAUUGCUCUGCGCUUUUCGAAAACUCACUAAUGAGCUAGCUCUAUCUUUUCAUUUUUCAUUUAAAUUUGUAGCAAAAAUAAAUCUAAACGAAAAUCUAGAUAAACAAUGAAAUAAACAAAUUAUGUAUCAAUUGAAUUGUUUAUUUUUUUUCGUCGAAACGAAUCUAAAUAGAUUUAUAUAUCACCUGACAAUACAAUUUUUCAAUAUCUGAAAAUCAAUAGGUUUUUGAAAAAAGAUGGGCAGAAGAAAAAGUUUCUCUAUAGAAUUUCGUUGAUCGCUUUCGAUUUCUUUACUAAAGCGCAUUUGUUACGUAAUCUAUGCUGUAAGAUCUUGACGAGAUCUCGCGCCGUCUGUAAUUCUCCUCAAUUUCAACACUUUCUUCGCCAUCUAUCUUUUCACCUUAUUCGAAAGUGAAACAGUCGUCGUCGAACCUGUUCUUACUUUUCUCGCUCGCGGCUUCCCUUCUUCUUCUUCUUUUCCAAUGUAUCUCAUCGUUUUUUUGCCCUCGGCGAUACAACAAUGCCACUUCUCUAUACCAACCAAGAUUAUGCAAUCGGGGUCGUUCACUUUUCACUUUCAGCAAAAUUGGAAAAAAAUGGAAUGAGAAGAAAAGAAAAAGAAAAUUGUAUUACAUCGCAUCUUUUUUUUCAGGAAUGGUUCAAGUGAACAAUUGGAAAGCAUUACCGUUUGAUCAAAUCACCGAUAAUCAAGAGGAAACAGUUCAAGCACUAUUCAAAGAUAUCUCAUCACACAUAACACUUCGAAUUCUGACAAAACCGUAAGUUCCCUUUUUCCCUUCACAUCAACAGGCCUCUUUUUACGCGUGUAAAUAAGUGUGUAUUUGUAUGUAUGUCUCCCUCUCUAGAAGUGAGCAAAAUCGCGCCUCCAUACAUCCUCCUCUUUAGAAAAUACAUAUAUACUCAAAUAAAUGGCAAACACAUCGAACAUACACAAAUACGAUCAAAUAUACACUCUCUUCACACAUAUAAAUACAUAAAAAGUCUAUAUAGUCCCUUUUUUCAACUCGGGGAGGAUUUCAGCCAAUUUGAGGAAAAUAAAAUGUUGCUAAUUUAGAUUUUACAAAAAAAAGAGAGAGAAUUCUCGAUUAUUUGCGGAUUACUGUUGUUUGCCAAAGAAGACUUUUUGUUUUAUUAUCAACAUCAUAACAAUACACAUUUAUCGAUCCGCAAAGAGACAUAAAAUACGAUUAGCGCCCCCUUCUCAAUGAAUAAUAUAACAAUAAAAAUAAUUAUUAUUAUCGUUAUAAUCAUCAAAAAGCCGUAGGAAUGUGUGUGUGCUCACAUACAUUCAUACACGCAAACAGAAAUUUUUAUGACCGCGAUAACGAUUCUUUGGAUAAUCAUGGGAAAAUGUCUUCUGAUUUGAUUUGAUUUGAAUAUGCAUAAAUAAUCGUUGAAUUUUUUGCAGAUCAUCUGACUCAGCCAGUUCACAUUGUAUCAAUGAAGUGAAGCAAAAAUUGUUGAAAACUGCCAUCAAUAAAAAUCCAAAUGUUUUGAAUACUGUAGAUAAUCAGCAAAUCAAGGUGAGUCAUUUUUUAUUCUUUUUUUUAAAUCGAAAUUUCAUAACAUCUCUUCAGGAUUUGAUAACUCAAAUAAUUGCGGGGGACGAUCCUACAAUGCUGAAUCAUGAUCAAAUCAAUGCGAUAAACGAGUGGCUCGAGACUUUGGAUAACGGAGAUGAGCGUCGCAGGUACAGUAAUCUUUCAAUAUCCUCUCGAGAGAGAAAAGCUCCGCCCCUCUCAGCCAUCCAUUCAUCCAACAACAAAAAGGCAGCCACCGUAAUCUCGAGACUACUAGAUAGAUUGUUUAGAAAAAAAAGCGCGAUGUAAACAGUGAGGGAUUUGUAGAGACGCAGAUUUGCGCGCGGUAAAUACAUAGACAAAAUCGAGAGAGAGAGAAAGAGGGAAAGAGAAAUGAGCUAGCCUGUCUGUCAGCUAGCCUUCAGUCAGCUAGCUGCUAGUUAAGCCGCUAUUUGGUGCUCGAGUUAAGCCCCUUUUGCCUCGGCUUGUGUUUGUAGACUCACUUUUGUCUUUCUUGCUGCUAUUUUAUGUUGGAAAAAAUGGAAUGGAUUUUGUUUAUGAAUUUGGAUACCUGACCCAACGAUAAACAAUUUAGCCAAAAAAAAAACAUUGAGAGAGAGUGAGAAAGAGAUAGGAAAAUAGAAAGCAAAAAGUUUCGAAUUCAAUUUCCUCCCUCAAUUUCCCACGAAAAAAACCGGAAAUAUCAUUAAAGAGGGACCAUCUAGAUAACUUUUGGAUUAAAAGAAAAACCCAUUAACAUGAGAAGAAAAUAUACAUUGUUUACAAUUUCUUCUUUUUUCUAAUUGCCUUGCCAUUGUCAUCGGCUAAGCGAUCUCGAAAAAAAUACAUUUCACUUUCAAACUUUCACUUUCCCUUUCGUUUCUUGUACAAUCUCAUACAGACACACAACAAUGAACAUAACAAAACAAUAACAACAAGGGGUCAAACAAGUACAGUAACCAGGAAAGCUAAGAUGAGUAAUCAAUAUAUGAUUCAUUUUGCAGCCCGACGUCUAUGCUUCGAUUCAAUCAACUGUUUGAAAUUCCACGAUUGGAGAAAUGGUUCAAAGCGGAUCCAAAUCCAAGCAAACAAAAGAUGAAUCAUUAUUUGACACAAUUGAAUAGUAGUCCGUUCCGCAAAAAUAACACUAAAAUUACAUAUCAACAGGUAUGUAAAACUUAUAUGAAGAAUGAACAAAACUUAUUGAUUUUUUUAGAUAUGUAACUGGUUCGCUCAACAAAGAUCAAAUACUCGUCGUGCGCCAGCCACCAUCACUGCCACACCAAUCAAUACUGCACAAUUGUUGAAUCCAAAUUUUCAAAUGAGUUUCAUGCAAAAUAUUAUGCCUGAUUAUAAUCGGCCAAAAUUUGACUUGGCCAGUUUGUUCAUUGAUCCAAAAGCUUUAAAUGAUGUGAGUUUGUAUUUUAAGGAAUUUAAUUUUUAUGUUAUUUUUUCUUUUUAGUUCCAACUGCAAGAUAGAGGAAUUGACGGAGGAUCUGAUUCUCCAUCUCCAGCCGACGAUGAAAUGCAUAGCAAUUCAGAAGAUAUCACCACAGAUUUCAUUUUGAAACCACAAGAUGUGGAGGUAAUAUUUGGCUGAAAACAAGUUUCAAACUAAUCAAUAAUUUUCAGGAGAGCUCAGCUUCAUCACCAGAUCGUUCAGUCUCAGUGCGCGAAUCAUUGGCAUCAUCUUCGCCAAAAUUGACAAACAUCGAUAUUGGGAUGUUGAGCAGCUCAUCGCCCUCAAUGUCAAAUGUUGGAUCAGGUAUGAAAUUGGGUACACAUUCACGAGCAAUAACAACAACAAAAGCAGCAUUUGUCUUUUAUGUGUUGUUACGCAUUUUUGUCGCGCAAAAGCUCGCUCUUAUGUGUUGAUCUUCUCAAAUUACGACGAUGUGAUCAAAUAAUACAAGACAUUUUGAUUUUUUAUGUAUUUUUGGGAAAGGAGGAGAAGGAAGGGGAUGAACUAGCAAAGACAAUUUUUAUGAUUUCUGAAAAUCUUGAGUGAAGAUUCAAAAAAAGCAUAGAAAAACAUUUCAAAAUCAUUUUCAACUCAAUAAAAAAUGUAUAAAUUUUCCAGCCGCUCGUUCUCGAUUGAUGUUUGAUCCACUUACCGAACUUCCAGUCUUGGAAAGAUGGUUUGAAGAGAAUCCACAUCCAACAUGGAUGCAAAUCGAUCAUUAUACACAAACUUUGAACGGUUGUCAAUAUCGUGAAAAUUAUCCACCAAUUAGUCAACAUAAUGUGAAGGUAAGAAACCAUCUUUUGAAUUUUCAUAUCUAUUUUUAAACAUUUUAAAAUCUCAAAUGUACAAGUACAAUAUUCCAGAUUUGGUUCAAAAAUCGGCGAGCAAAAUGCAAACGAAUGCAAAAUGGAUUACAAAACGGUAUGCAACCCAAUAUGCAAUCCGCCAUGCAACAAGUGUUACAAAACGGAUUAGCGACCGGAAUAUCGGCCAGUCUGAUGAACAAUAUAUCGGAACAAAUGGAGCAUAAAGUGUUUGCCUAA